CCAGUCUGGUUAUGAUCAAAGCAGAAGCUCCGAUUCCACCAACACUGUUUAACUGUUAGAUCUCCCGCUCGGAUUUUCCAGCCAGCCUUCAUAACCCGGCCUACGAUCUAAUAUUCAACGUUUUCGCUUCUUGUCUGUGUUAAAUUUCCACCAUGGGAGACGUCGCCGUGGAGAAUCCGGCGAACAACGUCACGCCUCAUACCAAGCCGGCACUAUUGGACACCAUCCCCAACAUAGACUCAAUCGAAGGCACAGGGACCGAUGGAGGUGAUGAAUAUGCUACUUUGAAGAAACUCCAGAGACACCUAGAAUACAUCCAGCUGCAGGAGGAGUACAUCAAGGAUGAGCAAAGGAGCUUGAAAAGAGAGCUCGUUCGUGCACAGGAGGAAAUUAAACGGAUACAAAGUGUUCCCUUGGUUAUAGGCCAGUUCAUGGAGGCAAUCGACCAGAAUACCGGAAUCGUCCAAUCGUCAACCGGUUCGAAUUAUGUCGUCCGGAUUCUAUCCACGCUCGACCGUGAGAAGCUCAAACCAUCGUCCUCGGUCGCUCUUCAUCGCCACUCCAACGCCCUUGUCGAUAUCCUACCUCCAGAGGCCGACUCCUCCAUCGCUAUGUUAGGCGAAAAUGAGAAACCAGACGUCACCUAUGCCGAUGUUGGUGGACUUGAUAUGCAGAAGCAGGAAAUCCGCGAGGCGGUGGAAUUGCCAUUGACACACUUCGACCUGUACAGACAAAUUGGUAUCGAUCCUCCUCGUGGUGUCCUGCUAUACGGUCCUCCCGGAACAGGUAAGACUAUGCUGGUCAAAGCAGUGGCGAAUAGCACAACUGCCAGCUUCAUUCGAGUAAACGGUUCCGAGUUUGUCCAAAAGUAUUUGGGUGAAGGUCCUCGCAUGGUCCGUGAUGUGUUCAGGAUGGCCCGUGAGAAUGCCCCUGCUAUCAUCUUCAUCGACGAAAUCGAUGCCAUCGCCACAAAGCGUUUUGACGCUCAAACUGGUGCUGAUCGUGAGGUCCAACGUAUUCUUCUGGAACUCCUCAACCAAAUGGAUGGAUUCGAGCAAUCGAGCAACGUCAAAGUCAUUAUGGCUACCAACCGGGCCGAUACUUUGGAUCCGGCUCUGCUGCGCCCAGGUCGUCUGGACCGAAAGAUUGAGUUCCCCUCUCUCCGUGAUCGGCGAGAGCGUCGGUUGAUUUUUACCACCAUCGCAUCUAAGAUGUCCUUGUCCCCUGAGGUCGACCUUGACUCGUUGAUUGUGCGUAAUGAGCCCUUGUCUGGUGCUGUCAUUGCCGCCAUCAUGCAGGAGGCUGGUCUACGAGCCGUGCGGAAGAAUCGGUACAACAUUAUUCAAUCUGACCUCGAGGAUGCUUAUGCUACCCAAGUGAAGACUGGACAAGAAGCGGACAGGCUUGAGUUCUACCGGUAAAUGGGGUGUAUUUUUUUUGGUAGUAUUUAAUGAGCUAGAAAUACCGGGUAACGUGACGAAAGGGUGGUCAUGUGUUGUAACGUCAAACUUCAGGCUCUUAUCACAUAUGUAGGAAAAUGAUUGAUGUGUUUUGAGGUGCCCA